GGAAAGGAGUAUACGAACAACUCCACUCUUCACGCUCCACCCGCCCAGAUCCAGAUCCACUCUGUCCAGCCCUGAUCCAACCACCGUUAACCCACCCGCCGGCGCUUCCGGCGCGCGUCCGGCACCAUGGACAAGCCGUCCACGCUGCUUGUCCACUUCGACAAGGGCUCCGCCGCCAUGGCGAACGAGAUCAAGGCGGAUCUGGAGGGCAGCGACGUCGCCGCUAAGGUCGAGGCCAUGAAGCGCGCCGUCAUGCUCCUCCUCAAUGGCGAGACACUGCCGACGCUCUUCAUCACCAUCGUCCGCUACGUCCUCCCUUCCGAGGAUCACACCAUUCAGAAGCUGCUGCUCCUCUACCUCGAGAUCAUUGACAAGCGCGACGCCGCCGGCCGCGUUCUCCCGGAGAUGAUCCUCAUCUGCCAGAACCUCCGCAACAACCUGCAGCACCCCAACGAGUACAUCCGCGGCGUCACGCUGCGGUUCCUCUGCCGCCUCUCCGAGCCGGAGGUGCUUGAGCCGCUCGUUCCUUCCAUUCUCGAGAAUCUCGAGCACCGCCACCACUUCAUCCGCCGCCACGCGCUCUCCGCCAUCUCGGCUAUCUACCGCCUCCCGCAAGGCGAUCAGCUCAUUCCGGACGCACCCGAGCUCGUCGAGCGCGCACUCGCGUCAGAGCAGGACGCCUCCGCCCGGCGAAACGCGUUCGUCAUGCUCUGCCUCUGUGGGACGGAACGUGCUGUGGCUUACCUGCUCUCCAACGCCGAGCGUGUCAUGGAGUGGCCCGAUCUCCUCCAGAUGGCCGCAGUAGAUCUCAUCCGCAAGGUCUGCCGCCCUCCAAACCGUGCCGACAAGGGCAGGUAUAUCAAGAUCAUUUUCUCCCUCCGUUCCUCUCCAAGCACCGCGGUUCUGUAUGAGUGCGCGGGUGCUAUCGUGUCUCUCUCCUCGGCUCCCACUGCAGUGCGAGCUGCCGCCGAAACAUACUGCCAGCUCCUCUCAUCGCAGAGUGACAACAAUGUCAGGCUCAUUCUCCUGGACCGUCUGAAUGAGCUGCACACGUCACACCGGGAUGUGAUGGUGGAUGUAGUAAUGGAUGUGCUGCGUGCACUUGCCAGCCCGAAUUUGGAUGUGAAGAGGAAGGUGCUGGAUUUGGUGCUCGAUCUGCUCACUCUUCGUAAUGUGGAGGAGGUGGUGCUUUAUCUCAAGAAGGAGGUGGUCAAGACACAAUCAGGGGAGCUUGAGAAGGGUGGUGAGUACCGUCAGAUGCUGGUGGAAGCGAUUCAUGCAUGUGCUGUGGAAUACCCAGAGGUGGCUGGAUCGGUGGUGCACCUUCUCAUGGACUUCCUUGGUGACACUAAUGUCGCUGCGGCAGUUGAUGUUGUGUUAUUUGUGCGUGAGAUCAUUGAGACUAAUCCCAAGCUGUGUGUGUCCAUGAUACAGAGGCUGAGUGAUACCUUCUACCAGAUCCGGGCAUCCCGUGUCUGCUCAAUCGCUCUCUGGAUCCUUGGUGAGUACUCCCUAUCUUUAUCAGAGGUCGAAAGCGCCAUUGCCACUAUCAAGCAGUGCCUUGGGGAUCUACCAUUCUUCACUAUCUCAGAGGAAGGGGAGUCAGCUGAUUCCUCCAAGCCAGCCCAGCCGGUGGUGAACUCUGUCACUGUGUCUUCCAGGCGGCCUGUUGUUCUUGCAGAUGGCACUUAUGCCACACAGAGUGCUGCUACCGAGGCCAUUUCGACUCCAUCAGUUACUCCUGGAUCAUUAGCAUCGACCCUAAAUCUCAGAUCACUCAUUCUGUCAGGCGAUUUUUUCUUAGCUGCAGUUGUGGCAUAUACCCUUACCAAACUGGUACUAAGGCUGGAGGAGGUGCAGCCAUCGAAGGUUGAAGCAAACAAGGCCUGUACUGGGGCCUUGCUGGUCAUGACGUCUAUUCUGCAGCUGGGACUAUCCUCCUACCUUCCCCAACCGAUUGAUAAUGAUUCAUAUGACAGGAUUGUGCUUUGUGUGAGGUUGCUUUGCAAUACUGGUGAUGAUGUGAGGAGGAUUUGGUUGCAAUCAUGUAGACAGAGUUUUGCGAAGAUGCUUGCUGAGAAGCAAUUCAGGGAGACAGAGGAGAUGAGGGCCAAGGCACAGAUCUCUCAUGCCCAGCCAGAUGAUCUUAUUGACUUCUACCACCUCAAGAGCAGAAAGGGCAUGAGCCAGCUUGAGUUGGAGGACGAGGUCCAAGAUGAUUUGAAGGCUGCAACUGGUGGAUUCACCAAGGAAACAGAUGAUGCAAAUAGACUUAAUCGCAUUCUUCAGUUGACUGGGUUCAGUGAUCCUGUAUAUGCUGAAGCAUUUGUGACAGUUCAUCAUUAUGAUAUUGUACUUGACGUUACUGUCGUUAACCGCACAAAGGAGACACUUCAGAACCUGUGUUUGGAACUAGCUACCAUGGGAGACCUCAAACUUGUUGACCGUCCUCAGAACUAUACUUUGGCUCCUGAGUCAAGCAAGCAAGUACGUGCCAAUAUCAAGGUUUCUUCAACAGAAACUGGAGUCAUAUUUGGGAACAUUGUUUAUGAGACAUCCAAUGUGAUGGAACGAUCAGUGGUUGUCCUAAAUGAUAUUCACAUUGACAUCAUGGAUUACAUCUCACCUGCUACGUGCGCAGAUGUUACUUUCCGGAACAUGUGGGCAGAAUUUGAGUGGGAAAACAAGGUUGCAGUGAAUACUGUAAUUCAAGAUGAGAAGAAAUUUUUGAAUCAUGUUAUCAAGUCAACAAAUAUGAAGUGUCUAACACCACCGUCUGCGCUUGACGGGGAAUGCGGUUACAUUGCUGCUAAUCUUUAUGCCAAGAGUGUGUUCGGAGAAGAUGCUUUGGUGAACAUCAGCAUUGAGAAGCAAGUCGAUGGCAAGCUUAGUGGUUACAUCAGAAUAAGGAGCAAGACACAAGGAAUCGCGCUCAGCUUGGGAGAUAAGAUUACCCUCAAGCAGAAGGGAGGCAGUUAAUUCUGAUGUUGCCUGCUCACAAACACCGGAUUGUAUGACAUGUUUCCUUCAAGAGAUCCACUUGCCAGUGUCAUACUAGAGGCACAAUGGGAUUGAUUGAAUUAACUACAGGAAGUUUUUGUGUACAGAAUAUCAAAGAGAAGAAUGAUAAAAGAAGAGGAUCGUAGGGAAGUCAGUCUUGGGAGCUGAAAAACGAUCUUGACACUUCCUUUCGCGAUAGGUGUUUAUUGAUAAAUGGCGUUGUAGAAAUAGGCGUGAAAUUUCUAUUUUUGACCCUUACAGGUAGAUCAAUUAUGAUACUGUAUUACCGACCUCCAUUCGUAUAAUAUUGUUGCCUGUUUUUAUCUUGAGAAA